AUGACAGUACUUGACGGCUUAGCCGCCCGAGCUGGGAACCGCCAAUGGCGGGUUGCCUAUCACGCCUACCCCCCGAACCUAUUCAGUCCCGUCUUUUCCGCAGAUGAUUAUCCCAAGGUCUCUUUCGGUAACAUCGGCAUCCUGCUGGGUUGGUUGAGGCAAAGAUACCCAAGCAACCCGCAUGCCUGGACCGUCCAGCUCACCGAGAACGGAAUCAACUCUGGCGACCAGUCCAGCGAGGCGGCCCAGGACACUUCGGUGUGCCAGACAUUCCGCAACGUGCUCGGCACACCUGGCAUUGAAAGUUAUAUAUAUCACCGCAUGCAGGACAAUGCCAACGAGGGCGGCCUCAAGCUCGGUCUCCGCAAGGCCGACGGCUCGGCCAAGUCCGCGUGGGCAACCUGGGCGCUUGCGAACCGCAACGACAUCUCCCCUGCCCGGCUCGCCUGCGGCUUCGAGGACCUGCCCCAUACCGUGCUGCGCAGAGGCUACAACCCCAAACGGGGCCACGUCGCCUCCUCGAGGAUGCUGCCCCCCGGAUUCACCUCCGAGUCGACUUGGCGUCUGUUCCGUGAUGAGCAGCCGGACACGGUCAUGCUUUACGAGUGUAAGGUGGGCGGUCACUCCCUCCUGACACAGCAAUCUGGAUGCGAGGGCCAGUUUCCCCUGGGACCCGUCGGCUACAUCUACACCAGACAGAAACCGGGAUCCGUCCCUCUCUACCGUUGCAGAGUCCCGGCCAACGGCGACCACUUCGUAUCGUCCCGAGCUGACUGCGAGGGACCUUAUGUCAGAGAGAUGGUGCUCGGCUAUGCGAUCCAGUGA